AUGCAUGCGGCAGGACUUAAGCAACUUCAAUACAGCUCGCGUAUUGAAGAAGCGAUUGAGCGGAACCAGGGCUCCAAAGUCUUUGCUAGAGAUCUGUCUGCCAGUAAGAGCCAACUGUCAAAGCUGAAGACUGAGUGUGGCAGCAUCGUUUCUGGGACACCUGAGAUUCUGAGUGAGAUUGAGCGGUUCUAUGGGCAGCUUUAUACAUCAUCGUUGGAGCCACAUGCAAGUGUGAGUAACGAUCCAAGAGCAAGUCUUAUACGACACUAUUCCGAUGAUAUCCCGGACAUCAGUCUGAGCUAG